AACAUUUCAUUAUCCAUUCUCUCAAUUUGACUCAAAUUUGUUAUUUUUCAUUAAUUAAGAAGAAAAAAAAAAUGUUGGCAAUAUUCAAAAAUGGUGUUGUUGAUCCACCAAAGGAGUUGCAAAGUCCAGCUUCAUUACAAGCAUCAAUUAAAGCUGCAACACCUGAAGAAACUAUGAAGAAUUUUUUAUCUGCAAAUCCAAAUAAUGGAUUUUCUAUUGGAUUUAUGAAUAAGGCUUUUUUAGCAUAUUCUAAUCCUUCAACUUCAUACAACACUUUGCCAAGGUUGUUUUGUGGUGUGAAUGACAUAUAUUGCAUUUUCUUGGGAAGUUUAAGCAACUUGUGUGCUUUAAACAAGCAUUAUGGGCUUUCAAAGUGUGCCAAUGAGGCCAUGCUUGUGAGUGAGGCCUAUCGGACCCUCCGUGAUAGAGGCCCAUACCCGGCCCAUCAAGUCCUCAAGGAACUUGAAGGUAGCUUUGGAUUUGUCAUCUAUGAUCACAAGGCUGAUACAGUCUUUGCUGCCCUUGGUGGUGAUGAAAAAGUUAAGCUCUUUUGGGGCAUAGCAUUUGAUGGAUCUGUGAUGAUAUCUGAUAAUGUGGAUCACAUUAAAGCAAGUUGUAUCAAAUCAUUUGCUCCAUUCCCAACUGGGUGCAUGUACCAUAGUGAAACAGGAUUGAAGAGUUAUGAACAUCCAAGUUACAAGAUGAAAGCAAUGCCAAGAGUUGAUAGUGAAGGUUCAAUGUGUGGAGCUUACUUCAAGGUUGAUGUUUACUCAAAAGUGAAUAGCAUGCCAAGAGUUGGAAGUGCAGCAAAUUGGGCAACUUGGGGCCAAUAGACAUAGUUUUGGUCGUUUGAGAUCUUUGGUCUUU